AAAGUUCUGCUCAUGAGUUAAAAGUCAGAAAAGACAAACUAUCAUUGCAAAGCACCAAGAUGAUCUUAAUCAGACAUAUCUGUGUACUUCUUCUCUCUCAACAGUAUCUGAUUCAAAGUGAGGAUGUUCACCAACAUAUUCCUUUGACCACAGCUGAACACGGUCGAACUGUAACACUGCAGUGUCUGAUAUCAGAAAAUUAUGCAUUGAUGUACUGGUACAAGCAAACCCUUGGACAUAUGCCCCAACCUUUAACUUUUAAAGUUCAAAAUCAACUAAAUUCAACUGUUUUGAAAAACCCUCUGCGUUUCUCUGCAGAAAUGGUGAAAAAGAAUUAUGUUUUAAAAAUAAAAAAUGUAACCAGUUCAGACGAGGGAAUAUACUUUUGUCAAACCGGAACUAUGUAUGGGAUACAUUUCAGAAACGGCACCUUUGUGACUGUGAGGGGUAACUUUCUUCAGAGAUCUCACAACCUGACAGUGUUGCAGCAGCCAGAGUCUAAGCCAGUCCAUCCAGGAGACUCUGUGACUCUGCAGUGUUCAGUCCUCUCUGAGUCCUGUACAGGACAACACAGUGUGUUCUGGUUCAGAGCCGGGGCAGGAGAAUCCCAUCCAGGACUCCUUUACACCCCAGGAGACAGGAGUGAAGAGUGUGAGAAGAGACCUGAGACUCCCUCUCCUACACGGAGCUGUGUCUACAGCCUCUCCAAGAACAACCUCAGCUCCUCUGAUACUGGGACUUACUACUGUGCAGUAGCCACAUGUGGAGAGAUACUGUUUGGCAAUGGAACAAGACUGGAUGUUAAAGAACCAGCAGUGGAUCUCCUAGUCAUCGUACUCGGGGUAACUUUAGCUGUGUGUGUUGUGUUGAUCAUUAUACUCAUCUGUACCAGAAAGACACAGACAGUGUGUGAGAAUUGUAAAGUAAGCGCUGCCACUCACGGACGUGACAAGACAACUGCAGAACAGGGAAGUGGUCAGGAAGGUGAAGACUUGAAUUAUGCUGCUCUGCAGUUCACUGAGAUGAAAGGUAAAAGAGGAAGAAGGAAGAGAGAGACCCCACAGGAGAGUGUGUACUCUGAUGUGAGGGGUUCUGACUGGGAGGGAAGUGGUCAACAGCAAAUCAGUUUGUAAAUAUUGUUGAGCUGGCAGUUUAUGUUAGCUUAUGUUGUAUUUUGAUACUUAUUUUCCUUUGUACUCACGCCUUUUAUUCUCUUAAUUUCUUAGUUUUUGUUUGUGGUUACUAGACAUUCAGUCUGCAUCUCCAAAGUUAGUCUGAGGCACAGCUACUGUUUACCAGACCUGUGGUCACACUGUGGUCAGCAUUCAACAAAUGUUACCAUAAAUAAUUUAGUAAAGGGUUGGAGAUCUGUGUUUGUUGUUUCAUAACGUACAAGAUGAAUGAAUCUCUGUGUUAUUAAACAUAACAAUGUAAUAUAAAAACAACAGUAGUAGGUGUAUUUAGGGUUUAUUUAUGGUUUAGUGCAUGAGAUACUCAGUGAUCACUUCUCUUCCUCUUCCUGAUUGGGGUUGUCAUGGUGAUUAGUGUCACAGGGUCAAACAAGUGCUGUUUUCAUUCAGCACCCAACCUCUGACAAAAAGAAUAAAUAAUUGCCCACUAUUUAUCAAGGGGAUUCAGGUCCAUUUCAAGUUUUACAUUAAAUUCAUUUGAAUUUGCAGAAUAUUACAUGGCACAGACUAUCAUUUUAACAUUUUGCCAAAUUGGAUGAGCAAUAAAAAUAUCCUUGACUGGCUGAGUAAGAAUAUGAAGCAGAACAACCCAUCCCUAACCUUAACCCUAACCCAUCUAUCAAACAGAUAAAUCCCAAAAGUUGUGAGCUACAAUUACUGUGACAUAUUUUAUGGACUACUUGCUACUUUACAUAAUGUAAGGAGCUCACUAUUUACCGUCUUUGUCAUAACAAUCAUAUUGUUUAUGUUAUAA